AUGAAACUUAUAGUUUGCAAUGAACUUCAAAGUAUAGAUACAACAAAAGUUUUGAACUCAGAUGCUUUGAAGAGUCUUAUAACAGACAAAGUUGGAGUUGUUGAAAGAAAAUAUAAAGACCAAAGAGUUUGUGAAAAUGUUGCAAACUUCAUUAUGGUUUCAAACAAUACUGUUCCGAUGAAGUUAGAAAGUUCUGACAGAAGAUAUGUAGUUGUCAGAACGUCAGAUUCUCAUAUGCAAGAUACAGAAUAUUUUGACGACUUAGCAGAAACUUUGACAUCUGACUUUUACAACCACUUGUUCUCAUAUUUUAUGACAUUAGAUAUUUCAAAGUUCAAUCCAAGACAAAUUCCACAUACCGAAGAGAGACAAACAUUGUUAGAAGCAAACAAGAGUGUAUAUGAACUGUUCAUAGAUGAAACUGACUUUGUGUCAUUAGAUGAAAGGUCAUUGUACGAUUCGUAUAAACAAUAUUGUCAAGAAUAUGGUUAUAUGACAGCGUCUAAACGAACAUUCUUGGCAAAUGUCAAAAGUCUUUUAGAUGUUCAGAAUGGUGUAUAUACAAAGAAAAUUUUUUCUGAGUAA